ACGUCAAAUUGUGUUUUUCGACGGAAAAUCAAGAUUUUCCUUUUUAAUUGUGAGUAAUAAAAUACCAAAAAUGAAAGAAAAGCGUGAAUCAAGAAAAGAAAAUAAGAAAGAAGGAUGCGAAAAGAAACCUUUCGACAAGAAAACGUACCGAUUAAAAAAGUAUAGUAAUAAAUACAAAGUAAAUCAAUGGGAAGAACGUCGCAAAAAAUCGGUUCUUAGAAACUAUUACAAAGAACUUGAAAAAGAUAAAAGAGCUGAUGCGAAAAAGAAUUUUCCAAGUGGAAGAAAUUCCGAGUCCGCAAAUCAGAGUCCACCGAAAAAUAAGAAGAAUCCAUUCUUUGCGGCGCGAGAUGAAUUUCUAAAGAAGAAAGAAGCAAAGAACAAAAAGAAGGAGGAAUUGGUUCGAAUAAAAGCUGAAAAGGAAGAAGCGAUAAAAAAAUACAAGGAGAAGAAAAUGCAAAUUUACAAAAAACUGUCAAAAAAAACGAAAAAGGGACAGCCUGUUAUGAAAGAUAGAAUGGAACUUUUGUUCGAAAAGAUCCAGCAAAGUACGCAAAAAUAAAAUUUCUUGUAUAAAUACUUUCAUUUUUUUUCUUCGUUAAAUAAUAAAAUUUUGUAAAAAAUAUUUCUAUAAUGUGCAGAAUAGAAAAUUCUGAUAAAUGGUU